CUCCAGCCGAAGCGAGGGGAGCUCUAAUCAGUCAGUGUUCUGUGAUUGCCUGUCUGUGCUCGCACCUCCCUACGUCCUGAGACUCGCAGAGCGUUUUACCUUUGCAAAAUGCCGUGCCCUGAGUACCGGGUGAGGCACUGAGAGCAUCCCGUAAGCAGCGCCGAGCGCGGGGGUUAUUUACCGUCUCGCUGUAUUUCCAUGGAAACUCUAAUUGUCACACCGUGCAGCGCUGAAAUACCGGGCUCCAGGGCCGCCUGGAGCAGUCUCCCGAAAUGCGCCCGCCCUGCGGCCCCGGCCCCGCCGAGCGGGCGGCGACUGCGGCAGCGACGGAGGCACCCCCAGCCCCGGAGGCCGGCCCUCGGCCGCGGGCGAGUCCCGGCGCCGCCGCAGCACCCGCGUAAGCUGCGCCGCCAGCCCGGGGGGCUGCGCGCCUCCCCCCGCUCCCGUGAAGCCGCGCUCCGCCCGCCCGUGCCGGAGCCGUGAGUGCGGACCGGGGCCGCCCUCCUGCCCCCGGGGCGCCCGCAGCGGGACACGCGCGCAGGACUGUAAAAUGGAUUUAGGAUUCAAAGACCAUAACAACAGGACACACACCAAGAACACCUCUGCUACAACAAAGAAUUUUUCUGCCUGGGAAGACUAUAAGAGUAGUGUUGAUGACAUGCAGUACUUUCUUAUUGGGCUGUACACACUUAUAAGUCUGGCUGGCUUUGUGGGAAAUCUGCUUAUACUAACAGCCCUACUAAAGUGCAAGCAGAAGACAGUAAUAAACAUUCUCAUUGGAAACUUGGCCUUUUCUGACAUCUUGGUUGUGCUGUUUUGUUCACCUUUCACACUGACAUCCGUCCUGCUUGACCAGUGGAUGUUUGGCACUGUCAUGUGCCAUAUAAUGCCCUUCCUCCAGUGUGCGUCAGUCCUAGUUUCAACUCUGAUGUUAAUAUCUAUUGCUGCAGUCAGGUACCGUAUGAUAAAGUAUCCCCUCUCUAGCAAUCUCACAGCAAAACAAGGCUAUUUCUUAAUAGUGAUCAUUUGGGCCUUUGGCUUCACAAUUUGCUCCCCUCUGCCAGUUUUCCAUAAAACCGUGGACCUCAGCAAAACUCUGAAGUUAGAGGGACUGGAGAACAGGCUGUUGUGCAUCGAGUCGUGGCCUUCUGAUUCCUACAGGAUUGCCUUCACGAUAGCCUUGCUGUUCAUGCAGUACAUCCUGCCGCUGGCGUGCCUGACCGCCAGUCACACCAGUGUCUGCAGGAGCAUAGGCGCUAGGCUGUCAAACAAGGAAAACAAGUUUGAAGAAAAGGAGAUGAUAAAUCUAACUCUUCACCCCUCUAGGAGCACUGGCACGCAGGUGCAACCCUCCAGAUAUUCCAGGUGGAGCCGUGCCUUUGGCAGAAGGCACCACAGAAGAUACAGUAGAAAGACUUCAAGUGUGAUGCCAGCUAUUUCAAGGCAUCAUCAGGAGACUCAUUCCAGAGAUCUCCCAGAAACCUCUGACACAGAAAAAAGCCAGCUCUUUUCCUCCAGUAAAUUCAUCCCUGGGAUCCCUAUCUGUUUUGAAAUGAAACCAGAAGAAAAUACAGAGAUCCAGAACAUGAUUACAGUAUCCCACUCCAUCGCCAGAAUUAAGACAAGAUCAAGGAGGGUUUUUUGCAGACUGACAGUCCUAAUCCUAGUUUUUGGCUUCAGUUGGAUGCCUCUUCACCUUUUCCACAUUGUGACAGAUUUUAAUGCCACUCUCAUUUCCAACAGGCAUUUUAAAUUAGUAUAUUGCAUAUGCCAUUUAUUGGGUAUGAUGUCCUGCUGCUUGAAUCCCAUCCUCUAUGGGUUUCUUAACAACAGCAUAAAAGCUGAUUUAAUAUCCCUUAUUCCGUGCUGCCAAAUACCAUGAUUUUAUGUGCCCCAAGAUAAAGCAAAACAAACAAAUAUGGCUUUCAAGCCUAGUGGCGUGUACAGCUGUAAAAGCUAAAUUAGUUUAGAUAAGUUUAGUUAGUCUGACUUGGUUGUGAUUAGUAGCAUUUUUUUGUGGAUGGAUAGUGCUAUGGCUGCAUGUAUUUCUUGCAUUGGGCAGAAAUAUAUGCAUAUGUUAUAUUCUUUUAUCUGUUACAUGUAGGAAAUCAUGCCCAGUGUACAAAACCAGAAAAUCAUUUUCAUUACCCAAAUUGUUGGCAACUUGUACUUUGGAAUUAUACAGAAUAUAUAAUGAGUAAUAAAUGUGAGACAGACUACUUAGACAUAUCAGUAUUAACUGUCAUAAAAUAUAAUAAAAUACAUAUCAUUUACUAAAUAAUUAUUGUUGAGACUAUUUCAGUGCCAACUUUGACUGUUUUCUAAUAUAAUUAAAUAUCUCUUUCUGGAUGUGUUUAGGAAAAUAUUUUUUCUUAGCUCUUUGACACAUAGUUUGCAAUAUCUUUGUGAGAUGCUUUGCUGUUGAUUCCUAAGUUGCCUUAUUCCCUGGAAUGGGUUUGAGGGUUGUUGUUCUUGUUUUGAUUGUUUCCAUCUCACUGUAUUUAUCCAGUACAACCUAUCUCUGAUUUCCUCAGGUAAUUUUCACUCUGGCUUGUCAUUUUAUGUAAUUUUCAUCCAGCCUGAAUUUAUCUAGUUAUAUCUUUAUUCUCACAGUGAUGACACCCCUGAACAUACAACACAUUUCUGAUCAGAGUAAGCCUUCAUUGUCUAAACAAAUGAUAACGGAAAGAAAAAGAAAAUGGAAAUGUGUCAGGAAUUUUUCUCUUCCUUUACCAAAAAGCAAGAGCUUACUGCACUUCAUUAUAGCUGACCCACUUGCUUUGGAAAGGUGUAACAACUUCCAAAUAAACAUGUGCAUGUGUGCCUUGACAGGUGGGAGGGAUAGGUAGAGUAGAUUAUUUUUAAAUUCAACAAAGGCAAAUGCAGGGUCCUGCACCUGGGGAGGA